CAUUGACAUGCUCUCGCCCUUGCUCUUGCUUGCGUGCCUGCAUACCUAUCUCUCCACGCAGCCACGGUCAAGACAGCUACUCCCGACAUCGCAGCGGCAGAAAGAACGGGUUUACACACCCGCUCGAGCCCAAACAGGCAAGCAAGGAUGGCGAUCCGGCUCAUCAACACGGAGACGUUGCAGAUGAAGAUGUUUUUUGGCGAAUCCGUCCCGGAGUACGCCAUCCUGUCGCACACUUGGGUCGAGGGCGAGGAGGUCGACUUCCAGGAGAUGGCCCGCUACGGCGGUGCCUUAGAUAGAGGCGACUCUACAAACUCUGAGGGGGUCUGCACAUGCGCCUGCCCUUGCCAAAGCCUGAUAUCUGAUAUCGUCAGACGUCGGCCAGGCCACGAAAAAAUCGUCCGCAUCUGCCGUCUGGCCAGAGAACGCAAUAUCGAUUGGGCCUGGGUUGACACCUGCUGCAUCGACAAAAGCAGCAGCGCCGAACUGAGCGAAGCCAUCAACUCCAUGUACAGGUGGUACAACCGGGCCAAAGUCUGCUUCGUCUUCCUUGCCGACCUUGACUUGGACCCCGAAUCCGACCUCGCCUCCUACUCGGAACCUACCGAGCUGGAAGAAGCGUUGGGCCGCUGUCGGUGGUUUACGCGCGGCUGGACCCUGCAGGAGCUGAUCGCACCCGUGGCCAUCGAGUUCUACAACCGGCAUUGGAAGAAGGUGGGGUCACACGCGACGCUACAGUCGGCUCUCGCCAAGGCAUCGGGCAUCCGCAACCUCACCUUCGGGGACGGGUCCUUCUUCCGGAAUCGGGGGGCCCGCGCGUUGCAAGACGUGGCAGUGGCCGAGAGGAUGUCGUGGGCCUCGAAAAGGCGAACCACCCGGGUCGAAGAUGUGGCUUAUUGCCUCAUGGGAAUCUUCGACAUCAACAUGCCCUUGCUCUAUGGCGAAGGCCAAAAGGCGUUCCAACGGCUGCAGGAGGAGAUACUGAAGCGGUCCAAUGACAUGUCUAUAUUUUGCUCAAGCUCAAACUAUGCGAAAAAGCUCUGUUGGUAUGGCUGGGAUGUGCUACCCGUAUCCCCAAGCGCGUUUGACGGCUCGCGCGAUUUCUGGCCACCGAACCCGUUCAUGGAUAAGAGGUGGAGUCAGGCCACGUUUUCGGUCACCAACAGAGGCCUGCUUGUCCAGAACGCCUAUCUCAUCCCUUGCAGCAGCAUCGGCUUCACAAAACCAUACUACAUACUGGAACUAAACUGCACAGCGACAGUCACCAACCCGAGGCAGUGCGUCAUGGUUCUCGAAUGGGUCGCGCCGUCACUUUAUAUGCGGAUCUCAGACUACCGACCCCUACCCCGAUGCGUCAUAACGGGAGACGGUGCGGACGGCCAGAUGGGGCUGACGGAAGACUUCUACAUCCUGACGUUCGACGCCUACAUGGACAUCUGGAAGGGGGACCUCGAAGAUUACACCGAAGACACGGACUGGGUCGAGCUGACCUCGGGUACUCCGCCAUGGCAGCUCCACGUGGCCCAGGCGGCGCCGCCGCAGUACUGGGACGUGGCCGCCAGGCGCUUCGUGGGGGUCGGCCUGAGGUACGCAAAGGUUGAGCUCGCCAACAGGACGGACGGGGCGGGGGGCGCCAUCAUGACGGCCUCGUUCCACAUCGUCUUCCACCUGGAUGACCGGGGAGAGUCCUGGGUUCGUCUUUACUCGACCGACGAGUGGCAAGGGGUCAAGGCCGACUUCGACCGCCUUUCCCGCAGCGACAGUCUCUCGAGGCUCCCGGGCUGGUCGUCCUUUAAAGUGUUCAAAGACGGCGACGACAGCGAUUGGCUGCCUAUAGAAGCCCGCCUUGGCCCGUAUGGCGAGGGGGGAAUUGUCCCGGCACGAGCACAGGCAACGAUAGUGCAGCGAGAGACAUACAAUGGUAGGAACCUUAUGCAGAGGGCUGUUAGCAUUGAGCUCCAAUGGCUUCGAGAGGACGGGACUUACUCGAGUGACUUUAGUGGCUUCACAAACGACAGCAGUGGGAACGACGGGAAGGAUACUGGGCAGGUUGGUGGGACCUAGUGCGUACCUAGCUGAUACUUGAUCUCAUAUGCAUGCAUAUCCCAGACCCAAGAACUGUCGUAGAAUUCACCAGAAGCGGCCUUGCCUAGACAUAUUAGAUGCAUCUUCAU